GGACCACCAGUCACCAAGACGUCAACCAGCCAAUUGCACCGAGCUGAACACACCGUUGAUGGUGUAACUACGAGCAGCUCGGCGGCAAGCCACUCGAAGGAAGAGCACUCAGAUCGUCAGUUUGAUACAUCAGGGGCGAAUAGGUUUGGUUCAGGCUCUGACUCCAAUACGACUUUAGAUACUGGUUCUUCCAAGGGGCCAGGCGCCCUUGUUUCACAGACCAGCAUCGGGGCCGGGGUCAUGGAUUUCCUGAAGGAUGCCUACGAGAUUGGAGAAGACGGAACUGUAGGCUUUACAUUCCUUUACUCAUUCCUAAGCUGUACUUCUUCCGUUCUUUAA